AUGCAACAAGGUCAGGAGCCUGAAGAAAUUGUACAAGUACAUGUUCAGUUGGAUAAGAAGAAGAGGGAAGUUAUUUCAACUCUUGUUGUUGCUGCUAAAGUUAUUCAAUCUUCUGCUGCUGCUACUACUGAUGGAGCGUUUGCAACCUCUGCUUCAACUGCUGCUGCAACUCAAGAGCAACCAGUGCUGAAGAAAAGAAAUAAAGCUGAUGAUGUGCCUCCUGCUGUUCAAACUCCUGAUGUUCAAAACCCUGUUGCUUUUGUUCCAACCAUACCUCUGGUUCAACAUACUACUGCUGCAGUUCAACUCUCUGUUCCAGCCCCAACUACAAAUAUCCAAAAGAGGAAAGAAGUUGAUGAAGCAUCCAUUCUUGCCUCUCCCGUGCCAAGGAAGAAAAGGACACUGGUGAAAGCGUCUACUCUAAAAGGAAAAUCCAUUGUCUCUGUUGUGCCUCCUAAGCCAUGCCCUCGUCAUGAAUUGCGCUUCAACUUACUGUCUUCAUCGCAUUUGACCCAAUUGGUGCGGUUAGGGUUUGGAGAGCCGGACCCUUAUCUUCCGGGAGUGGAGCUACCCGAACAGGGUAAGACACAAGAGUAA